AUGGCAGGCCCACAACCGACGCUCAACGAGUUAGCAGCGAAGAUCACGGAGCUUUCCGAUACCUUCACACGCUUCCUAAAGGAAAACAAUGUGCCAGAACCCACAUUCGCGGCGGAUAGCCCAACCAGGUACAGCAACUUAUCGGCCGAAAUCUUCAUGACGCGUCAGCACCUGUUAGAUGCCCUAACCGAUAUGUGGUACCUCACGCAGGGUCCUAGCGAAAGCAUCUUCAAUUAUGCCCACAAUGCCUUGCCCGACGCUGCGGCUCUAAAUACGCUGAACUACUUCGACUUUUGGUCUGCGGUGCCCCUGAACGGUUCCGCCUCAUAUGCGGAGAUCGCGCAGAAGGUUUCCCUCCCAGAAGAUGUAGUUCGGCGGGUCUUGCUGCACGCAGUAACACUCCGCAUCUUCGAAGAGACCGAACCUGGUAAAAGUGCGUCGCUGAUCCGGCACAACUCCAGAUCAGCAGCAUUGGCCCAGUCUUCGGGGCUGAAAGCUCUCGUCUCCACAAUCUUGGACGACGCCGGUGCACCGAUGAUGGUUUUGAAUGAAGCUCUGGACAGAUACAGUCGCGGAAAACCAGCACUAACCCAGGACAUAAAUGAAACUUCUUUCGCUUUAUUCCAUAGCGGUGGGCAAUUCGGUAAACACGGAAACUCCUGGGAUCUGCUUGAAAAUGAUGGCGCAGGGGAGAAGCAGGGUUGGCGACAGAGGAACUUUGUCGAAUUCAUGCGCUAUAUCAAGGAGAUAUUCCACCUUGAAGGGGUUGUACUUGACGCUCAUGACUGGAAAACUGCCGGGAAGGCAAAGGUCGUUGAUAUUGGUGGCUCUGCGGGUCAUGAUGCUAUAGUGCUAGCGCGAAAUUUCCCAGAACUCAGCAUCACCGUUCAAGAUCUACCGCAAGUAAAGCCGGUUUUCGAGGCGAAUUUACCAGAAGAUGUUAAAGACCGCGUGUCUUUCGUAGAGCAUGACUUUUUCAAGCCUCAACCCGUCCAAGCGGAUAUCUAUAUCUUUAAGAUGAUUCUUCACGACUGGCCGGACCAAGAAUCGUCCAAGAUCCUUCGAGCACUAAUUCCGGCGCUAAAACCGGGCGCUCGAGUGAUUCUUUUCGAAUACAUCGGUAACCAGGGCGAAAGUGAAGGACCAGCUCUCCCGCGCUCUAUCCAGCAAAUGGGAUCAGCUACCGACCUGCGACUAAUGGCGUUAUUCAACGGAAAAGAGCGGCCUGUCGACGCUUGGGCGAAGAUUUUCCGGGAUGCUGAUGAGCGGUUCGAGGUGGCAAAUGUUAAAGCCAAUCCUCAAAACUUCUUCGCUGUCAUCGAGGCAGUCUGGCGUGGGUAG